UCAGAUUUGGCUUGGUUACGAAAAUCAUAUCGUCAAUUUUCUUGCCAUCCACUCAGCUGUCAUUGCGCCGGAAGCAAAAGUAGACAACGAAACUCCUUCCCGUUUGACAGCUCUUUUCCAUCACAAGUAUGGCUCCGAAGAAACCGUCUGAAAAGUCCGCAGGCCAACCGGCCGAAAAGAAGGAGAAGAAGCCAGCAGCCGCUGCUUCUGGCUCCGGUGAAAAGAAGGCCGCCCCAGAGAAGAAACCGGCUGCUGAGAAGAAACCAGCUGCCGAGAGUAAACCAGCCGCUGAGAAGAAGCCAGCAGCUGAGAAGAAACCGGCCGCUGAAAAGAAACCAGCAGCCGCAGCCGAGGGUAAACCAGCAGCUGAGAAGAAACCAGCUGCUGAAAAGAAACCUGCAGCUGAGAAAAAGCCAGCGGCCGAGAAGAAGCCAGCAGCCGAAAAGAAGCCAGCGGCUGAGAAGAAGCCAGCUGCUGAGAGUAAACCAGCAGCCGAGAAAAAACCAGCGACUGAGAAGAAGGCCGCAGCCGAAAAGAAACCAGCUGCCGAAAAGAAACCAGCCGGCGAGAAAAAGCCAGCUGCCGAAAAGAAGCAAGCAGCCGAAAAGCCAGCAGCCGAAAAGAAGCCAGCGGCCGAGAAGAAGCCAGCAGCCGAAAAGAAGCCAGCGGCCGAGAAGAAGCCAGCGGCCGAAAAGAAGCCAGCUGCUGAGAAGAAACCCGCAGCCGAGAAGAAACCAGCAGCCGAGAAGAAACCAGCAGCCGAGAAGAAACCAGCAGCCGAGAAGAAACCAGCAGCCGAGAAGAAACCAGCAGCCGAGAAAAAGGCAGCGACCGAGAAGAAACCAGCUGCUGAGAAAAAACCCGCUGUUGAGAAGAAAGCUGAAAAGCGUUCUGCUCCAGCUGAUAGCAAGGCUCCUGCUGAGAAGAAGAAGGCCACCGAAUCUAAGAAAACUCCGGCUGCCGCUCCGAAGGCCGCUGCUCCUGCUGCCGAUGCCGGUAAGAAGAAGAAGAAGGAUGCUAAGAAGCCAGCAACCGCUGCUGCGACGGCCAAGAAAUCAGCCACUGGUCCGGCCGCCAAGAAGGCAGCCGAUGCCGCGGCAAAGGCUAAGAAGACCGCAGCCGGCGAUAAGAAGGCCGCAGCCAAGAAGCCGUCCGCGAAGAAGCCAGGUGUCAAGAAGGGACCGGCCACCACCAAGAAGGUUGGAACGGUCAAGAGGAGUGCCCUUGCUGGUAAGGGAGCUGCUGCUAAGAAGCCAGUCGCUAAGAAACCAGUGGCUGUCAAGGGCGACAAGAAGGCCAUCGAGGCCAAGCUGCAGAAGGGUGCCGCUAAGGCUCGUGCCGCCGCUUUGUUGAGGGCCAAGAGGACUAAGACCAAGGUCAUCAAGGGUCCAUUUGGAACUGCCCUGCGCAAGAUCCGCACCACGGUGAAAUUCCGUCGGCCGCGUACCCUGCGUCUGCCCCGCAAUCCCAAGUUCCCGAGGAAGUCGGUGCCGACUCGUAGCCGCAUGGACGCGUACAACAUCAUCAAGUAUCCGCUGACGACUGAAGCCGCGAUGAAGAAGAUCGAGGACAACAACACCCUGGUGUUCCUGAUCCAUCUGCGCGCCAACAAGAACCACGUCAAGGCCGCGGUGAAGAAGCUGUACGACAUCAAGGUCUCGAAGAUCAACACCCUGGUGCGACCGGACGGCAAGAAGAAGGCGUACGUGCGGCUAGCCCGGGACUACGAUGCGCUGGACAUUGCCAACAAGAUCGGUAUCAUCUAAGCCAAUCAAUCCACACAUACCGCGACCGUGUUGUGCGUAUUUCCUUUUUCUUUUAUGAUUGAAGUAAAGAGUAUGUUCUCAUGCGUACGGAUAAGUUUAUGAACUGAGUACUGUUUGCAAUUUACUGCGGAAAGAAUAUUAAUAUAUUCGCAAAAGUGCGAAGUGACUAAGA